AUGGAUAGUAUCAUUCCGGGAAUGGUUAAUGAACUUCCUAAGUUUAGUGCAAUGUAUAACAUGGUGCAUAUCGAUGAAAAGUGGUUUUACAUGAGUGAUAAGAUUCAAAGAUUCUACCUUUUUCCUUGGGAGGAUGACCCAUACAGAGCAACACAAAGUAAAACAUUCAUGGCUAAAGUAAUGUUCAACUCCGGUGUAGCAAGACCACAUAUUACAAGUGAUGGUGAAGUAAUUUGGGAUGGGAAACUUGGCAUUUUUGCAUUUACAGAACAAGUAGCAGCAAAAAAAUUCAAAGAACAGAUGUCAAAGUGGCCAUUAGGAGCAUGCAAGGAAAUAUGGAUACAACAAGAUAACGCUAGACCACACAUCCAUGCAGGGGAUACACAGUUCAAAGAAGCUGCUACUAAGGAUGGUUUCAACAUCAGGUUAAUUAAUCAGCCAGCUCAAAGCCCUGACAUGAAUGUGCUUGACUUAGGUUUUUUCAGAGCCUUCCAGUUAAUUCAAUACAAAGAAUUUCCAAAAUCAGUGGAUGAGUUGAUAAAAGCAGUUAAAGAUGCAUACAAUAUUUUUAACCCAAAAUCAUUGAACUACACAUGGCUGCAUUUGCAGUACUGUAUGCUUGAAAUACUUCAACUUAAUGGGGGUAACAAUUACAAGAACCCUCACAAGGGAAAGAGGAGGCUAGAAAGUAUGGGACUACUUCCUGUACAAAUUGAAGUUCCAACAGUAACAAGGGUUCAAGCACAGCAGUUCCUAAGUGAGGGAUAUGUAGAAGUCAAUAUUACCCAAGAGCACAACAUUGAAGACAAUAUGUCUCAGAUUGAGUAUGAGGUUUGA